UGCUACGGGAACAAGGGUUAAAAAUGUGAUUUUUAGUUAAAUUUAGAAAAGAUUGUUCCGCUUUUUUUUUGUUUUUAUAAAACUAUGCAUUCCUUUUGUCCUAGUUUUGUACUCUUUUUUGUGUCCUUAUUUGUCCGGGAAAGUCCGGGAUUUUACAUCUCGAUUACUAGUUUCGUCAAAAUAUAUCUGGCAACCCUACAGUAACGUUAAAUUUUCUUGGAAGCGGAGGUUACCAAAGGCAAGUUGGUGCGGACUGGUCUGCUGCUAUGGCCCAAAGCACUAUAUGUGAGGUGACAACCUCAACCCUACAUAAAAUGGAGAGGAAACUAUGCCCCCUAAAAAUAAAAUUUAUGCCCUCAGCCUCGGAAAGUAUCAAAACACAUUUUUAUGAAAAAUUUCGCAUUCCUGGAGUAAUUGGGUGCGUAGAUGGCACUCAUAUAAUGAUUUUACGACCGACCGAAAACGAGCAUAUAUUUUUUAAUCGUAAGGGGAGGCACAGCAUAAAUACUAUGGUUAUAUGCGAUCAUAAGAUGAAAAUAUUAGCAAUAAAUGCGAAGUAUGGUGGAAGCGCCCACGAUAGCUUUGUCUGGAGGCAGUCCGCCCAAAGAAAUAAGCUGAAUAUGGAAUAUUGCUCUGGAGUAUCAUCAUCAUGGCUUCUCGGUACUAUUUACAUGUGGACAAACUAUUCAAUUGAAGCAUCUGAUGUUACCUUCUAUAUUACAGGUGACAGCGGUUAUCCACUGGAACCAUUUUUAUUAACGCCUUACAGAAGUGCGACUUUAAAUUCACCAGAAUCUCGGUUCAACAAAACUCAUGCUCAAGCAAGAAGUAUUGUUGAGCGCUGUAUUGGGGUGAUGAAAAGUACCCAGAAAUAUAAUUAUUAUUUAGCACACAUAACAAAAUAUUUUCAUAUUUUAUUAGGCCGUUGGAGAAGUAUCUUAGAGGAAAGAAAAUUGAGGUAUUCUCCAAAAAGAGCAGCGCAAAUAAUAAAUGUUUGUGCUGCUCUGCACAAUAUUUGUAUAGAAAACGGGGAACCGCUCCUAGACGAUUUUGCAAGUUCUCAUCCAAUAUCUGACAAUGGAACUCCUCAUCUACAUACAAUUAGGCAAAACGACUCUAAUGAAGGAACUCGAAUCCGAAACAGAAUCAGGGACGAUCUGUGGGUCAACCAUCAGGCAUUAAAUUAAAGCGAAACAAAUUUGAUUUUUAAGUUAGUUAUCAUUUAAUUUAUAAAAAUAAAUACAUGUAUUUAGAGUUCAGUCUCAUUUCAUUCACUCAAUUAUAACUGUUACAUAAAAUAAUAAAUAAAUAUAUUAACUUGUUACAUAAAAUAAUUAGUAAAUAUAUUAAUUACAAAAAUUAUAAAUUACUUAUUGUAAGCCACUCUGGCAAUGCUAAACUUCUUUGGCUUAGCGCUAAAAAUUAAAGCUUUCUUGUCAAAAACUAGCCUGUCAUACUCUUAAUCCAUUUUCCGCCUUUUUUGUACAUACUUUACUUUCAACUCUUGAAUAAAAUUGACAUUUUUGGCUACACGUUUUUUCUGAAAAAUAAUCGCGUUUUAUUUCUUUAAUCAAUUGGAAAUAUUUGCAUUAUUAAUCAACAAAUUUUGGUGACCCCGACGUGAUCGCCGGUAAAAGUCAAUUAUUUUCAAAUUAAUUUCACGGAAUCUUAGUU